CAGGUUUUUGCGUGGCUUCAGCAAGUUUUUGGUGAAGACCCUAUUCCCCAGUUUGAGAUUAACAGUUUUACUUUAGGUGUCCUUGAACAACUAGCAAUCAGAAACCAAGAGCAGAAUAAACAUGCAGUUCUCAUAACCAAGGACUUCAUCCAAAAGACUUCAGAAUAUGCUGCUGAGGGUAAUGAACAGUUUAUUGUGGCAUAGUUGUUUGAAAGAUGAUUAGCACAAAUCUGGGUUUAGUUACCAUGACAACUCAUAAAAUAAAAUUUAAUAAUAGUCUGUUUACUGGUAACCCAGUCUUAGUGCUAACCAUGAUUCAAGCAAGUUGGCCUAGGCAGCCAAGCUUGUACUCUAGCAAAACGUAGCCUGAUGGUCAGUCUGGCAACUAACAUUUUCUCGUGGGUGGCAAGGAAAUCUUAUUUUUGUUCAAAACAUUUUUGCAGAGUACACUUGGUGUCAUAGUUUGAGAAAUGUUGAGCACCAGACAAUUUCUUGUGCAGUCUUGAAGCAUGAUAAAUCAAUAAGUCUUUAGAAAAAAUAAUCACUGAAACCAGAGGGCAUGUAAGAGUUUUUUGUAACUUGGUAUUGCCAGAAAGAAAUAUUGCUGGUUAUGUCCUCUUGACCUGUUAAUAUUUAUUGAAGACAAUAGGGCUGUUUUUUGAGGAAGUUACUGAUUGAUUCUACUUUGAUGUUAUCAAUAAUUAUUACUGUGCUAUAGCCUGGAAACUUCUUAAAGUCAAGUUGACAAGUCCUCAACCUGAAUUAAUUUCAUCUCUGUUUAGAUGAUUUUUAUUAUAACUUAAGGUAUUUCACAUGCUAAUAUCUAACUAAACUGCUUUUUAAUAUUUUGUCUUCUAUAAGUUGAAAGGCUAAACAGGAUAACAGAACAAGUAGGUUUACCAGUAUCAACCAUGUCUCAGUCUGGAAGAACAAGUUUAAAAACUCUUGCCUCUGUGGCUUUACUACUUGGAACUAAAAACUGCUCCACAUCAAGGUAAACUAAUUCUCUCUAUAUAGGGACAACUUUUAAAUACUGACGUUUUCCUCGUUAAGGUCACUUUUUUAGUCUAAAAGAUCACAAACUUCAUACAGUUCUUAUACCUAAUGACUGGUAAAGUAUGUACAAUUUUGUAUUGUAAACACUCAGUUCUGUAACUAAGAAACAUUUAUUUACAGCUAAUUGUACACAGAGAAGUAAACUAAAAGUUUUGGAAUGUGAAUGGUAUUGAAUUUUGUAGGAAAGCCGGAAUGAUAAAUAUCAUAAGAGACUUGUUUUUUUGUUUGUCCUUUUUGAAUCUCUCUCCAUAAAAUGCUGAAAAUCCUGAAUCCACGGAAUCCAGAUUCUGAUUGAAUCAACACUGAAUGUGCACUUAGAACAUUCACAAUCCUUGUUUAGAUUCAUGGCAAAAAAAUAGAAUAAGUUAUUAGUUUUAAAUUUGCAUAUCUAGAUUAAAUACACUGUUGAUUAUCCAAAACUAAUGCAAGGGAGAGUGAGAGCCUAAUACAUGAGUUAUAUUCCCGUUAGUAUGUUUUGCCAAAUUAUACAUUAUUAUUUUCUUAUCAUUGUUUUAGUCUUUUGCUAGGGAUUGCAGAACAAAGCCAAGCCUUGUCAGCUACAGUUGAUGCCAACACAGAAGAGAAACAUCUUCUUUCCAGACUGUUAAUCAAAACAAAGAAAGCACAAGCCAAGGUCUCUGACCUACAAAGGUAUCUGUUAAAUAUAUUUUAGUACUGAAUCUUUCAAACAAAAGUUUAUGAGAGCUUACUGAAUGCUGAAAAAAUGUUUGUGAAUUUGUUUUUAAACUUAGGUUACAUGAAGGUUAACUUCUGGCAACUUCUGUGAACCUCUAGAAAAUUAAUGAUCCAACAGUCUUGUAUCCCUGCUUUGCCCCUCAUUUGUAUGACAUUGUCACGGAGUAGCUAAGACGCAUGACUUUUUUCUUAACAUCUCUAAAAUGCCUUUCUUUAAAAAUAUAUUAUUGAGCCACAGUGAAGUGCUCUUGGACCUACUGCAAACCUCCUGGUUUACAAAUCACACGUCACUGUACAAUCUCUGUACUUUACACUGUAUUUUCCAAACGCACCAAAUUUUCUUUGAUUAAAUCCUAUUAAAUUCAUACUACUGCAGAAAAUUGUCUACAGGUAUAUUGUUAUAUAACAGCUUCUGCUAACAUUGUCAUUUUUACAGAUCUCUUGAUGGGCUUGAGGAUCAAGUGGCCUUGCAGGCUCCUAAAUUGCAAAGAAAUGCUCAAGAAACAGAGUUUGUAAAAUUGAAGUGCAAAGAAUAUGAGAAAAUCAACAAGGAACUUGAGGUGAACUUGCAAAGGUCAAAUCCUGCCUGGUUAACUGCAAACAGAGUAUACGGGUUGUCAUGGUAACAUGCUUGGCCCUGAUAUUUAUGUGCAAACAAAGUUGCAGCAAAAGUUGAACCUCACCUGAUAGACAGUCCCCCGUAAUUUGAACACUUGUCUAUUAUGGACAGUUUCAAAAGUUAACAAACUCAAGUACUUCUAUAACACUGACAGUUCUCUGAUGUGCACCCUUGGGUAUGCCUCCUUGGUAUCCAUGUUCAUUUGUACACGUAAAUAGUUCACUGCAGAUAGCUCAAACUACUGUUAACUGAUCCUGUCAAAUCAAGUCAUUUUGUUAGUGCUUUUCUAAGCCUUUGACAUCUGGCUUUAAAUAAGGUUGCUUUAGUAAAGAAUUCACCACAGAAAUUAAAAUAAACAUUCAGGGAAUGCUUUCAUUUUGAGAUUUUGUCUUAUAAUGCAAGAGUAGUACUUUAUCUCUAAAUCAUUUUCGGUUCCAUUUUUGCCACAGGGAUAUCAGAGUAAAGUUCAGCUGGAUUCUUCAAUAUUCCAUAACUCCCUUGUCAAAAAAGCAGAGGUACAAAUUCAAAAAUAGUGUUGUGUUGUACUCUUAAAUGUGUUCAUUUGAUAUAAAAAAAAUUAUACUAGCUAACAAGUUCUUUUGUACAAGAAGAAACAGCUUUUUUAUCCAUAGCAUCAUAGCUUUUGGUAAAGAAUUAAAAUGUUUCACAAAAAGUAGCUUCGACAACACCUUUCAGUUGAUAAGACAACUCACAGUUAAAAUAAUGAUUUAUUGUCAUUAAAAUGGUUAAUCAGUGAUAAUGUGAUUUUAUCAGUCUUCUGUAGAAGUGUUUGACCAGGGUUAACAGGACAUGUUCUUUGGUUUCACAGGAUGUGAGAGUUACUAAAGAAAAGAUGAAGCCAAUAAAAGCUAAGUUAGAUGGUUACAACAGUCUUCCACCUGUAAGUACACUUUGAAAAUAAGCCACUCACUACGCUCAGUGGGUCUGUGGCUGCUUACAAAAUAAAAUGCUUUUUAGUAAUAUUUUAUUAUCUGGAAACACUCAAUGUUUCUAAUUUUUUCUUACUUUUAAGGAUAUUUAUCAGGCAAAGGUCAAAGUUGAAGAAGCAAAAAUGCAGCUGGUAAGUUUGUUGAAGUUGCAUGUACCAUAAAUUACUCUUAAAAUAAAUAAUUAUCAGAUGUUAUAAUUUUAGCACUAUCGUGGAUUGUUGUGUAAACUAACUAUACUUAUUCUUCAAAACAAUUUUAUUAUUCUUAGGAAUUGUUGGAACGACAACUAUCAAUGAGUAUAGACACUCUCCACUUGUAA